AUGACUGUUACUGAAUCAGAAUUUAUAAUUUCACAAAAUUUAGACUCGAAAAUAAAUCAAAUCGAUACGGAAAAGGAAAAAAAUUUAUAUAAGGAAGUACAAGAGGUUAAUAAUAAUUUAAAUUACAAUAAUAAUAAUAAUAAUAAUAAUAGUAAUAAUAAUGAUAAAAACGUACAACGUGUCAUCAUGCAAAAUAAUAACAUCAGAGGAAAAAGUACGACAACGACAACAACAAUCAACGUCGGGGGUUAUAAUGGGGGAAUAACAAAUAAUCAAAAAAAAGAAAGGCCACAAUUUAUAACGACGGUUAAAACGGGAGUUUUUUUAGAUCCCCCCCACGAAAUUGCGAUACUUUUAGGUUUGUCAAAAGAUACUAAAACAAAUUCGUCAAAAAGUUCAAAUAAUUCAUUGAACAGCGGAGAAAAUUAUAGAAAUUUCGAUAAACCUUUGGUCAUGUAUUCAUAUUCGUCACGUCCGAAAGUAUUAAACAAUCGUAAUUAUCACGCUAAUUGUUUGAGAACAAAAAGGUUUACAGAUGGUGGCCUUUCCGAAAUCAUACGAGACGAUAGAAGGGAUGCCAAUUUACCUUAUGGAAACAUCAUGUUCGAUAGGAGAGUCGUUCGGGGUUGUAAUUUUGCUAGCUACCCCGUACCGACGGAAGGUUUUGAAACUUUGGCAGAAAAACGAAGAGAAGCAAGAAGGAGAGCACUCGCUAGAAAGAAAGCCAAAGGUUAUUGCAUACAAGGACGAAUGGGUACGCCACCUCCCGUCGGUGGAAGAAAACACGAACCUGUACAAACCGAAAGAUACCUUGAAGAAAUAUACGAUCGCCCACUGGAAACGGAAGCGGCUUGCCAAACGGAUCUUUUCCUAGAUAGACCCCCGACGCCGAUAUACGUACCCUCAAAAACAGGAUUCGAUCAAGAAACGCAAAUAUGGCCUGGAGAGUUAUUUGAUUUCGACGUGGAAGUAACGCCGAUAUUAGAAGUAUUAGUUGGUAAAACCGUCGAACAAUCAUUGAUCGAAGUUUUAGAAGAAGAAGAAAUAGCAGAUUUAAGAGCGCAACAACGUCGUUUCUUAGAAUUACGAGCUGCUGAAAAAGCAGAAGAACAAAGAUUAGAAGAAGAAGAGAAAAGAUUAUCCGACGAAAAGGAAAAACGUAUGGUAGAACAUGCGGAAGCUCUUAAAUUACAAAAAGAAACGGAAGAAAGAGUUGCUGCUGCUAUGCUGUCGGAAGGUUACAUAGCCGAAUUGGUACCCAACGUUCUCGAAGGUCUUAAAGAUGCCGGUUUCUUAGCAGACGAAAUCAAAUCGGAUGUCGAUCAUCAAUUCAUGCCCUGGCUAAUGGCGGAAGUUAAAAACGAAUUGGCUAAAAUGAUAAGCAGCCGAGACAUAUUAGGAGAAAUAAUAAAAGAAAUUUUGGAAACGAAAGCGGAAACUUACACAUCGAUGGGUGAUUAUUUUGCUGGAGAAAAAAUGGAAGAAAAUCUCGGUGAACAAGGAGAAGAAAUUGAUGGUGACGUAAAAUCGGAAAAAUUUGAAAAAACAAAUUCUAAAAUGUAA